AUGGGUGGCACCGAGAAGCAGGAUGAGCUGGGGGAGAGAGGCUCCAUUGGCUUUCUCUACCUGAACAUUGGACUGCAGAAUGGUGUGCUGCUGCGAACUGUCCUGGAUCCGGUUAUGGGUGAUCUUUCUGAUACCAGGACCAGGUACCUGGGCUCAAGGCCUGUGAAGCUCUUCCGAGUCCGAAUGCAAGGCCAAGAAGCGGUGCUGGCCAUGUCAAGUCGUUCCUGGCUCAGUUACUCCUAUCAGUCCUGUUUCCACCUGACUCCCCUGUCUUAUGAGACUCUGGAGUUUGCGUCCGGUUUUGCAUCUGAGCAGUGCCCAGAGGCAGCUUCCACAGGGGUUACAAUGGUGAGUGAAAGUCAUCACGAGGCCCUGGCAGCCCCGCCAGCGACCACAGUAGCAGCAGCUCCUCCAAGCAAUGUCACCGAGCCAGCCGCUCCCGGAGGAGGGGGAGGAAAAGAAGAUGCAUUUUCUAAGUUAAAAGAGAAGUUCAUGAAUGAACUGAACAAAAUUCCAUUGCCACCUUGGGCCUUAAUAGCCAUAGCCAUAGUUGCAGUCCUAUUAAUCCUUACCUGCUGCUUUUGUCUCUGUAAGAAAUGCUUGUUCAAAAAGAAGAACAAGAAGAAGGGGAAGGAGAAGGGAGGGAAGAAUGCUAUUAACAUGAAAGAUGUUAAAGAUUUAGGGAAAACCAUGAAAGACCAGGCUCUCAAGGAUGAUGAUGCUGAGACUGGGCUGACUGACGGGGAAGAGAAAGAAGAGCCGAAAGAAGUGGAGAAACUAGGGAAAAUCCAAUAUUCUUUGGAUUAUGACUUCCAGAACAAUCAGCUUCUGGUUGGAAUUAUUCAAGCAGCUGAGCUGCCUGCAUUAGAUAUGGGUGGUACAUCUGAUCCCUAUGUGAAAGUGUUCCUGCUGCCUGAUAAGAAGAAGAAAUAUGAAACAAAAGUCCACAGGAAGACUCUUAACCCUGUUUUCAAUGAGCAGUUUACAUUCAAGGUGCCAUACUCCGAGCUGGGUGGAAAAACUUUAGUGAUGGCAGUUUAUGACUUUGAUCGCUUCUCCAAACAUGAUAUUAUUGGGGAAUAUAAGGUUGCAAUGAACACAGUGGACUUUGGCCAUGUGACUGAAGAGUGGAGGGACUUGCAAAGCGCAGAGAAAGAAGAGCAAGAAAAACUGGGUGAUAUCUGCUUCUCCCUCCGUUAUGUGCCUACUGCUGGAAAGCUGACUGUUGUCAUUCUGGAGGCAAAGAACCUGAAGAAGAUGGAUGUUGGUGGUCUGUCAGGUACAUGCAUGAAAAUCUGCUUACAGAAUUUUUCAGGAUCAUAA